GAAACUAUCACAGCGGCCGCUGUCGCCAAACGGCCAGACCAGAUCGCCCGGAAUGCGAAGUGAAAGAAAAACGCCAAAAAGCGCAACUAAUGUUGACGCGGCCUUCCUGGCCUUCGUUUUUAUUGUUUCCCCGUAAUUAGAUCCGCGUACUCCAUAAGAUGAGCCAUGCCCACUCUGCCAGCUGCCACCCUCGCUUCGCCAAAACAGUGCCACGUCUCCCAACGACUGCCGGAAGCCGACGCUGAACUGGCUGAACGCCCAGCAGCGCCCAGCUGGCCUCAUUUCGCCCCCAAGCGCGGAACUGACGUCCACUGCUCGGCACCCGCCGCCAGGCUCUGCCCGCCGCCGCCUUCGUCCAUUCAUUCCUUUCCCCCCGAUCCAGCCAUCAUCAUGACGCCCAACCCAUUGCCACGCUCCCGAUAAACCCAGUAUCGGGUCUCCCCUCAGAUGGAUAGUAGUCAUGGCGUCACAGCCAUUACUCUACGAUAAUCAGUUCACGAAACAGGAGUCCACCGCUAUCACCAUGAUGCAAGACUGGAUGUCAUCGGGUCGCCUGCCGACCACAUAUCGGAUCGGCAACUCGACGCUGCGCUGCCAGCUCAACUUCGUGGUCACGGUGGCUGUGCUGGGGGUAGCCUGCCUGCUCCUGUUGUACGCUCUGCUGCCCUGGGGCAAGUACCACAUCAUCAGCGACAGCGUCGACGGCCCGGGCCACGAACAUGGGCACGCGCACAUCCUCCAAGAGUUCCUGCCGUACAACGCGACCUACCCGCUCUCGAAACCCGUCAUGUACGGCCGUAAGGUGAGGUACAAGAUCGGUGUCAUCGCCGAUUUAGACACCGACUCCAAGUGCAAGGACGAGAAGGAGACGUGGAUCAGCUACCUGAAGGUAGGCUACCUAACGGUGGACAGGACGGCGAGCGAAGUGGACAUCGAGUGGGAGGACGGGAUGAUCACGCUCAAGAGUCAGAUCGCUCACGGCGGGAGAGGCAUGGAGCUGUCCGAACUGGUGGUGUUCAACGGGAAGCUGUACGCCAUGGACGAUCGGACAGGUAUCAUCUACGAGGUGCGCGGUGACAGGGUGAUCCCGUGGGUGUUUCUCAACGACGGCGCCGGUGAAGCUGGCAAGGGUUUCAAGAGCGAGUGGGCAACGGUGCGGGACGAGACACUCUACGUGGGCGGCCUGGGCAAGGAGUGGACAGACAAUAAGGGGCGCGUCAUCAACCACGACCCACAGUGGAUCAAGAUAGUGACCCCCGGGGGACGGGUGGAGCACCGUGACUGGCAGGACAACUACCGCAAGCUCUGCAGCUGGGCCAACUACGGACCACCCGGCUACAUGAUCCACGAGGCGGUGGCGUGGAGCCACCAGUUUGGCGAGUGGUUCUUCCUGCCGCGGCGCGCCAGCGUGGAGGCGUACAACGACGUCGUGGACGAGGAGAAGGGCACCAACCUGCUCCUCCGCACCAAUCCGCAGUUCACCAGGGCCAAGGUGUCGCAGGUGGGGCCUCUGGUCCCGACGCAUGGGUUCUCCUCGCUCAAGUUUGUGCCGGCCCUCUCCCACAGCGAAAGGGACUCGCUCAUCGUCGCGCUCAAGUCGGAGGAACACCGGGGCAAGACGGCCACCUUCGUGACCGUGUUCCGCGUCGCCGACGGGAAGGUGCUCUAUCCCGAGACCAAGAUCGGCGACUACAAGUUCGAGGGCAUCGAGUUCAUUUGACGAGCGUCCCCCGUGAUUACGCGCUAGGACUGACUACCUAAUUUAAGUGGGGAGGGGCGUGAAGUGGGGGGGGGGUCACAACAUCUCCCCUAGAUAAGAAAGCCUUAGGAGCGAAACACACACGAACGAAAACCGCGUCGCCGAGGGGCGUAACCAUAGCAACCGCUGCCGACGCUAUGACGCUACGUCGUGCCAUCUGCAACAGUUGCUAUGGUUACGUCGCCCAGCGGUGCAACGCAACUCUAAUUUUGCCAACUCGUGUUUCACGCUUUACGAUUGGACUUUCCUGCAUCACCGAAGGAGCCCACCAUAGGGCGCAUUUUGGACACGUGUGCCGAGUCGGCUUUCGGCUGCAACUCGUGUUUUCGCCGGCUAAAAGUGACACAUUCCGACGUGAACGACAGAUUGCUUACCGUCGAGAAAGUGCUUGGGCGGCCAAGGCUCAAUUUGACGCUUUGUUAAGGCAACCAACGGCCCGAUUGUCUUUUUGCGAUACAAGGGGCCAGCAUUGAACCCUCUAAGACGGGAGAUGACUUCGCUCAAAUCACCCCAUCGUCGUCCACAUUUCCUUUGCGGUGUCAUUUUGUCCUAUCAGUCUUUUUCUCUCUACCCUCGUUCACCCCCAGUGUAGAGCAGUCUGCUAGAGCUGUGCACCCAGCCUGGCCUUCCUCCCUUUCAAUCAUCCCCUCGCUCUCUCCCCAGUCUGAACGUCCAACCGGUGCCCUACGGUGGUCUUCUUUUGUAACGCAGGAGAAUUCGGCACUAUAAGGCUUUGUUUUCUAGGAGGCCCUGGUCGCGACGGCAGUUUGAGACUGGAGUGCUGCGAUUGGACGGGACAUUGCGACGGUGGACAGUGACGUUGGUUCAAGAUAGAUCGGCUUGUGUCGUGUGUGGUUUGUUUAUCGUCCCCCUGCGUUUUGUGUUUGCGGCUUGAAUGUGAUUGCGACUUUGGCGUGCACUGUCGUCUUUUUUGGCGGCCCAGAUGGGUUCAACUUUUCUUGGUACAGACUCCACGAAUGGUUCGAGGAAUUUGAGGCAAGAAUUUGGGUCGUAGAUCUGCGUGCGUAUAAUGCGUGCGCUUUGGAAAAGUAUCGGCUUGAACUGACGGUCUUCGACAAAGUGACAACGGAGCGUACCUCUGCGAACAGAGGUCACUUCUUGUGGUGCAACCUUUUUCGGAAAGAUCUGAAAUGCCGUCGCACGCAACUUUGUCAUCGUUCUCUUGCCCACCUUCGAUGAUGAUGAGAACUCUGCAGCAUUGCAACCACAUUUGUGCAGAAGAAAUAGUUUCAUGUAAAACGACAUUUGCUAUGCAAAAAAACGUGUGCAUUGAAAAGGCCAACUGACGGUGGCUCAUUUAAACUGAAUUUGAUUGAUACUGGGUGUACAAAUGGUCCUUCGAAUCUGGAGGUGCUGUGUCUUUCCCAUAUUCAGGGUGACAAAGAAAUCCUUAGAUUGCACAGUUGUAUGAAUGAUACAAUACUUAUUCGCUUAAGCUGCCAUUCGUACACAUGCGUUAGUGGGGGAAGCUAUCACGGCAGCCAUGCUCCAAAGUGCAGGUGGCGCUCUGCGACCAACAAUGCGGCGACUUGUUCGGCGAUGUUGGGGGCUCGCAGCCUGGUUUUAGUACGAAAGCGGGUUGUGUGGCUCAGAUGAAACAAAAAGAGAAAUUGUGGCUUUCAUGCCAACAUCGGUGAAUUGGUACGCAACACAGAUCCAGCCUCAUAAAGAUGUGCUCGCCUAAGGCCCGUUCACACACUCGUGACUUAAGACCAAGUGCCUUGGGACGUCUUAAAAUCUCUUACGACGAGAGGAGACACUGGCGCCAUCUAUUGGGUAACAGUGGAAACUUGGCGGUCCCACAUAUUUUCUAUUUCUCUCGCGCUUCAUCCUUUUCUUGUUGACUUGAAAAACUUUUGUCAACGUUAUAAACAACCAUUUCUCAUAGGUGUUAAGCACAUUUGACUUCGAAAACCCCACAAAACCUUUGCUCUAGUGAAAUGCAGUUCCAGGGUCACCGCAUAGAUGGCGCCAGCGUGUUCUCUCGUCCUACGAAGUUUUAAGAGGUUUCAAGGCACUCGGCUCUGAACGGGCCUUUAGAGCAAACUAAUUUACCUGUGCACACCAAGGAGCAAAGCAAUGCUGUAUGCAUAUGUGGUCACCGUCUUCAAGAAGCUGGUGAAACUGUCUGAAGCCGUCUGUUCAGUGAUGUUCUUGCAGCAUUUUUGAGGUGUGAGACUCCAAUGUGGCAACUUAUGCAACAUGGUCUUCGUGAAUGAACAGUCUUAUUCCCUAGGGUGUCGUAGUUUUACCCGUUUUUUGUCAUGAUCUUGAUACGAUUGUGGAGUGGUCUUGAGAUAAUUUUGUCAUUUUCCUGUCAAGGUCUGAAGGGGUUGCAUUCUUGCACGUUGGAUUUCACCUUAAUCUUGUGGCAACCUUGCAGUAAUUUAUUCACAAUCAUACCAUCCAAAAGUUACCUCAGUUUAUUGCCAGCAAAAUUCAUCAAGCUCAUCGAAAAGUUGAUAAAUACAGCAACAUCAGCACAAUGAAGUUUGUUGCAUGAGUGGUAGAGCAACGAAAACUCUUAAUUUACAGUAAGCACACUUGUACACUUGUACCUCAUUUGAGUUUGACGUCACCUCAGUUCCUGUCAUGUUUGCCCUUAACUGAAUUGAUUUCGAAGUAUUUUCCACUUUCAACUUGUAUGCUGUUUGAAAUCUUAUGAGCAUAAUAAGUAUUCAGAGCAAUUAACUUGCAGACCUUUUAUAUGUGAGUCAAUUGAUUUCUACCAUUCCCUUAGCAGAUCAGGGGUGUACUUCGGUUUUCUAAAGACUAAAACCCAAUUCUUAGUUAUAAAUUGAAGAAAUUUCAUGAAUAAGUGGCACUUAUUCUUGGACUCGUCGUCGAUAUGUCUCUUUUGUCACUGUGUUCGUCAAAGGAAUGUAAAAGCAAGAGCAUGUUCUAUUUGCCUUCCUCUCAAGUCUAGUCCCUUGUACAGAAACACCAGUAUACAGUGUCUUAGGAUGGAAGCACAAUUGCCAGAAGCCAUGUUGGUUUGAAGAUUAUCAAUCUGAGCAAAACAAACUUUUUUGGGGGGGUUGUUACUGUUGCUGUAUGCUUGUUAGAUACUAUGGCAUCGAACAUUGCAGCUUAGUUUAGCUCUAGCUUGCCUGACUACAAUCAGAAACCUAGCGCAGUACAGUGAAAUUGUCAUAUUAAAUAAUUACUUGGAGCUUUACAUACCUUGCUAUUCAACUGCUAGGAGGCAACAGUAGCAAAUAUUUUACUCGUUUGCAGUUGUAGUGGGAUACCACUGACCUUGUUUGAGUAUCUGAUAGAUGGAACCACAAAUUAUGAAAACUAUCAAUGUCUGGGAACGGACAUAAAGUGUCCUUCACUCGUCUCAUCUUCGUCGGGGCGCUUUGACGUCGUUAAGCAUGAAACAAGCACAUGCUGAUAUGCACCAUAGGAGAGGACAAGCCGAUGCUGAGCUAGGAUGUUGAAAAACAAUGUUAGCUCUAAUGUGCAGCUUUUUUCAAAACGUCGGCAGCUUGAGGUGUUGUCCAGCUGGCCAGUUCGCACGAGAAGAAUGCUAGGUUACGUAGCUGUUCAUAUCAGCACUACGCUCUACACUGCAUUUCACUGUAAGAUGUACUGCGGCAAAAACUGCAAGCGUGAACUCCUUGCUGGAGGAAAUACCUCAGCCGCAAGAACUCUCGUGUCGAAGCACUCAUUAGUUUCUCUACACCAUCCCCGAAGCGGGUGAUAUGUUCACCCAUGACCUGUGUUUACCCUAGGACUUUGCGGAGUGCCGACGUUGUGCGAAUUUUGGGGUACACACAUUUCUGGUUUAGGAGCUUUAGGGGCUGCAAGCAUUGCAGCUCAUACCCCGAAUCUACCAUUCUUUUUGUUACCAACUGAAAUAAAGAUUCCAGACAUCA